GCUCAUAUUUGUUUAUGGCGAUGGCAUCGAUAGGGAAGAAUCGAAGUAUGGUACGACGUCAUAAGUGGUCAUUUUCCUUUCCUCAGAGAGCAAAGUCAGAAAGACAGAUUGAAUUAGCCUCACCACCAGGAUACAGUUCUUCUCUUGGACAAGUCCAUGUUGAGGCCAGCAAAGAAACUGAUGCCAGUCUCAUUGUAAAGAAAUCCUGGGACAUUGCUCUCGCACCUUUAAAACAAGUCCCCAUGAACCUGUUUAUAAUGUACAUGGCAGGAAACUCGAUCUCUAUAUUUCCAAUCAUGAUGGUGGGAAUGUUGUUCCUUCGACCAGUGAAAGCACUGAUUACAAUACAGUCUACCUUUAAACUUAUAGAAGGGAGCCAAGCUUUCUUCCAAAAAGUUGUGUAUCUUUUUGGAAAUCUAGUUUCUUUAGCGGUUGCAUUGUACAAAUGUUCUUCGAUGGGUUUGUUACCUACACAUGCAUCAGACUGGUUAGACUUUGUGGAACCACAGCAGAGAAUGGAAUUUACUGGUGGUGGAUUCUUCAGAAAUUAAAUUUUUUCUCUUUUUAGAAAAAAAAACUAAGAAUUGAAUACAAUAUGUAAAAUGUUGUAUUCAUAGCUGCAGAUAGUAAAAUAUAAUAUAUUUUAAAAAAGCCAAUUUAAAACACCCAUUUUGUUAUAUCUGUGAAAAUAUCUAUACAGUCCAAACUAAGUUUUUAAGACUUUUCUGUUAUAAGGGAAAUGGAGAUUUAGUCCUAUAAGAUCUUAGUCCAGGUUGACUACUGUGUAUCACAGAAGUCGUAAUCUAAAUUUUAAAUUGAGAUAAAUAAUGGUAUGCUUUUAUAUUGAUAAACUUAGAUAAGUAAAGUACCUGCUUGAGUGUAUUACACUAAAAAAAAAAAA